UAGAUGAUUCCAUAUCAUCCACGUACGUUCUGUUAAACAAAAUGUAUUGGGGAAGCGAUGACGUCAUACUGGAGUACAUGUAUGUGUUUGCAGGCGCUCCCCGUUCGCCGGCUGUGUUUCCGACAUGUCUGUUCUAACCGCUAUAUUUUCGUUUUCUGUGCAGUGCAGAGUUAACUCUCCGGAGUUUCCUGGUACCGUAAUCAUUUAAAAAACGCUUCUCAUUUGAGGAUCGUCCAUAGUGCUUUAAUUGUGCAGUGGAUCAAGAAUUUCUAAAGCGUCAUGCGUUCCCCAGUGCAGCAUGUAUUUGCCAUUGGCCUAGCAAAGGACAGGACCAAAGUUGUAUCCCACUUUACUUUACCACAAUGUGAAGCUGUAAAAAAACGAAGGACACAUUUUAGUUCGUUCACAAGAGCAUUCCUUUUACAUUUGCCUAGGACACAAUGUUUACUAGAGGAAUUAAGAGGAAGUGCUUUGAUCCCGACGAAGAUCUUUCCGAGCCUUUGGCUGACCUGAAGGACGUUCCUUCGUACACGCUGGAACGUCAGUCCCUUCUGGACAUGUCCUUGGUGAAACUUCAGCUGUGUCACAUGCUCGUCGAACCCAACCUUUGCCGGUCGGUGCUCAUCGCCAACACCGUGAGGCAGAUACAAGAGGAAAUGACCCAAGACGGCAGCUGGCAGUUCUUUGAGCAAAAAAUCGAGCAAGUUCCCGCCGACCGUCUGGUGUCCACGGACAUCCUUUGUCGUACGUCCAAGGAUCUGGAUGAUGCAAAGAACAAUAACGGAGACUAUAUCACUUAUAGCGAAGACUUGGAGGUAGAACAGAUCGAGGAAGUCUCGGAUAUAUCGACGAUUACUUCGGUGAAACUUCAGAACGCUCAGACUCACCUCUGGGAGAUGGACUGCCAGCAAGAAAACAGGGUUUACUUGCAAAAAUCUAUAGAUCACAUAUUCGAGAGCUUAGAAACCAGAAAUACGAGUUCGGUGGAGGAGUUGUUCUCUGAAGUUGACACGUCCUACUACGAUCUCGACAGCGUACUGACUGGCAUGAUGGGGAAUACCAAACUAGGUCACUGCGAGAUGCUGGAAAACUUUCCUCCCCAGGCGGCAAAACCCACCAAUUGCAAAGCCGAGCUUAGCGAGAUCGAUCAUAUCGUCGAGAUUCUCGUCGAAUCCUGAGGCUGGUAGCGUUUGUCGCGUAUUACGAAUGCAAACGUUCCGAAGAUGCGGCAUUUCCCGGCGUUUAUGCAAAUACUUAAUUUAAUCUAGAGCAGUUUGACAGCAAGGAUUUUGUCUAGAUAACGUAUUCUGUUAUGUGAAAUGUUAAGUCUUAAGUGUACGGAGGUUAAUUCCUUUUUAAAAGGAACUCUUCAAAGAAUGUGGGUGGGCUACCGGUUUGUUUUUCUGUUCAGUCCGUUGUACGAGCCACCAUAGGCAUUCUGCAAUACUUUGCAUAGAGGGUCUUUAUUCCAAACUCCCCUUUUUCUGGGCUCUGCAGGAUAGGAUAGCACGGCAGCGUUACACAAAUGCCCUUCCUUUGGGGGGGUUUAUUUGCCAAAAGUGGGAGUUUGCAGGAGAGUUGCAGUUUCAACCGAUUUGAUUAUGCAUUAGGAAGGGCCAAUCCUGUAGGAUUUCUUCUGCAAGAAGUGUUGAGCUGAUACAAGCUUCAGAGAGGUGGCUUUUGAGAAGUUCCGGUGAUGUAAGUAUGCAUUAUACAGGGCAAGCUAAGCCCUUCUUGCAGGAGAACUUUGCUGAAGAGGUAGCCUUCUAUACUGCAUAGCGAAGUGGAGCUGAAAUGGGUAACGGCUCCUCAGAGUUCCCUCUUAAUGACUAAACGGACCCUAGUUUCAUUCACAUA